GGAUAUAUAACUAUCAAGUAUCUAAAUUCCAAUUUUGGACGUCAAAAUCAAGGGAGAAGAAGAAAAGAAACUAAAACCCAAAUCAACAGAUGGCACCAACGUUUCUCUUCCUUCUCUUAAUUUCUUCUCUUUUAAUCCCUUCUUAUACCCAAAAUCUCCAAAACCCAGAUCAAGAAUCCUUCAUUUCUAUCCUAAUUUCUCAAAACGGUCUCGACUUUAUCAAGAAUUUACUCAUAACCAAAGCAAUCUCCUCAAUUAUCCCUCUCAAAUUGCCCAACAUUGAGAAAACAGCUAAAAUCCCAUUUCUGGGUAAUGUUGAUAUGGUUGUUUCUAACUUUACUAUAUAUGAAAUUAAUGUCUUGUCUUCUUACGUUAAGCCUGGAGAUUCUGGUAUUGCAAUUAUAGCUUCUGGGACCACGUGUAAUUUAAGUAUGAAUUGGUAUUAUCAGUACAGCACUUGGCUUUUGCCUGUUGAGAUUGCUGAUAAAGGAAGAGCUUCUGUUCAGGUUGAAGGCAUGCAAGUGGGGCUUUCCUUAGGCUUGGAGAAUCAAAAUGGAACUUUGAAGCUGUCCCUAAUGGACUGUGGUUGUUAUGUUAAAGAUAUAUCUAUAAAAUUGGAUGGAGGAGCAUCUUGGCUUUACCAAGGGAUGAUAGAUGCAUUUGAAGAGCAAAUAGGAGCUGCAGUAGAAAGCGCUAUUACCAAGAAACUUCGAGAAGCGAUUCUAGAGUUUGAUUCAUUUCUGCAAGCUCUUCCCAAAGAAAUUCCAGUAGAUGAUAAUGCUUCUCUAAAUGUCACUUUUGUGAAGGACCCUUCAUUGAGUAAUUCAACAAUCGGGUUUAACAUCAAUGGGUUAUUCACAGCAAAGGAAAAGAUUCCAGUACCAAUGCUUAACUACAAGAAUUCACAACCUUCAGUAUUCUGUACAGAUCCAUCUAAAAUGCUUGGAAUUUCAUUAGAUGAAGCUGUUUUUAACUCUGCAUCAGCCUUGUAUUAUGAUGCAAAAUUUAUGCAAUGGAUUGUGGAUAAAAUACCGGAUCAGAAUCUUUUAAACACUGCAGGAUGGAGAUUUAUUGUCCCUCAGCUGUACAAGAAAUACCCAAAUUAUGACAUGAACUUAAACAUCUCUUUAUCUUCUCCUCCGAUCAUUAGAAUUUCAGGACAUGAUAUUGACGCAACUGUUUAUGCGGACUUGAUAAUUGAUGUUUUGAAAGCCGACCAAGUAAUACCAGUUGCAUGCAUUUCAUUGGAUAUUCGUGGCUCAGGUUCGGUUAGAAUCUCAGGGAAUAAACUUGGUGGCAGCGUGAAAUUAAUUGACUUUUCGAUGUCUUUGAAGUGGAGCAAUGUUGGCAAUCUUCGGUUGUAUCUUGUUCAGCCAGUGAUGUGGACUCUUAUCCAAACUGUUUUCUUGCCAUAUGCAAAUGCACACCUCGGACAAGGAUUUCCUUUGCCAAUCAUUCGUGGUUUCACCCUUCAGAAUGCUGAAAUAAUCUUAUCGAGUGCAACAAUUACAGUUUGCAGUGAUUUGGAAUUCACAGAGUCUCAGGCUAUUAAUCAGCUGGUCCCUGAAUUUUGAGGAGGCGAAAUGUCAACCAGAUACACAUCAAGAACCCACCUACCAGAUGUCAAUUUCUCAACGUCUUUUCAUAUGUGAAGAAGCAUAGGCAACCUCAACCCAGUUUGGACAUGAAUGUACAAAUUGUAAAAUAACCAUAUUAUAUAGGGUACAUAAUUCAUACCAGGAUACCUUGUAAUAUUCUGAAGCACUUAGUUUAGUUAGUGAAGAUCUAAAAGAAGAACCUGAGUGAAUUUGCUUCGCUA